UUACUCUUCCCAUGGCUUUUAAUGCGGUCCUCCACUUCCCUCACCAUCUUCUUCUUCUCUUUGUUUCUCGCUGUUCCUCACUUUGUCUCUUUGUUUGACAAGUUCAAACUCCACAUUGGUCUCAAAUAUUCCAGCUUUUUCCGAUCCCCAUUUCAAAAACCCACCAAAUCUUUUGCUCUUCUCUCUCUCUCUCUAAUCCCAUCUGGGUUUUACUGGGUUUUUACCAUAACCCGGAAAGGUUAAAGCUUUGCAACAAUGGAGGGUAGGAUGAAGAAGUACAGUCAAGUGAGUCCUGAGAGGGCUAAAGUGUGGACCGAGAAGUCGCCCAAGUAUCACCAGAAUCGGAAAGUUCCGGUGGUUUAUUACCUCUGCCGGAAUCGACAGCUUGAGCACCCUCAUUUCAUGGAGGUGCCUGUAAGCUCUUCUCAGGGUCUCUACCUCAGAGAUGUGAUUAAUAAGCUAAAUGCUCUGAGGGGUAGAGGGAUUGCAUCCAUGUAUUCAUGGUCUUCUAAGAGAAGCUAUAAAAAUGGGUAUGUUUGGCAUGAUCUCAGUGAAGAUGAUGUGAUUCUACCGGCCCAUGGAGACGAGUACGUUCUCAAGGGUUCUGAGAUCUUUGAUGAAUCCAAUUCGGAUCGAUUUAGUCCGAUAGCAAAUGUCAAAAUCCAGAGCUUGAAACAAUUACCUGAACCAACAUCUUCUAGAAGCCAAGAUGAUUCUUCAUCGUCUUCGAGUUUGAAUGGUAAGGAGACAAAGCAUUUACAAGAAGAUGAGCUCUCUCCUCCAGUUGAGCGUCCCGGAGGGUCUUCCAGUGUGUCUCCUGAGUCUGGAAAGAAUUCUUCUUGGGGUGGUUCUCUGAGCUUGACAGAGUACAAGGUUUACAAGAGUGAUGGUUUAGCUGAUGCUUCUACACAGACUGAAGAAAAUGUGAAUAAACCCAAAGCUCUAGAAACAUGUACAAGGGGUGUUUCCACAGAUGAAGGGUCACUAGAACCUGAUUGCAGCUAUUACCAAGAGCGAAUUCCAUGUUUGAAAGAGAAUUCUGAGAUUUGCAGCGGAUCUGUUUCCCCUCCUGCAUCUUCCUCAAGUGCAUCAUCAUCGGGUGGGAAGACUGAAACUUUAGAAUCACUUAUUAGGGCUGACGUUAGUAAAAUUAAUAGUUUUAGAAUUCUUGAAGAAGAAGAGCUUCGAAUGCCAAACCAUGCAAGGUUCAAGGCUGGUAAUGUACUCAUGCAACUCAUUUCGUGUGGAUCCAUAUCAGUGAAGGAUCAUAGUUUUGGUCUUAUACCAACGUACAAGCCCAGGUUUUCCCAUUCUAAGUUCCCCUCACCAUUAUUUUCUAGUUCAAUAAUGCUGGGUGAGCUAGACAGCCUAUCAGAGAAUCCAAGGCUAAAGUGUAUGAGUUUGGAAGAUAAAGAAUAUUUCAGUGGGAGCUUGAUUGAGAGUAAAGUACGGAAGGAAGAAGAUGGACCGACAACUCUAAAACGAUCGUCUUCAUACGAUGCCGACAGGAGCUGUGAUAAGAAGCCAGAUUCAAUUGAGGAGAAAGAGGAGUCUACCUCAGGACGUUCAAAAUGCAUCCUAAGAUCGAUCAAGGCUUCACUAAACAAGCAACCACGGAGUGAAUCUAUGAGAUCUCCUAUUUCCGAUAAAUCAAGGAAAUCCUCAGAUGGAGUUGAUGGUGUACAAAUCAAUUCCCCUACUGUAUCCAGUGGAGGUACCAAGAGAAACACAGACCCAUCUGUUAGAAAGCAAUCCAAAAGGGUAGAUGCUAUCAGAGAAGAGAAGGAGAAGGUUAUCAAAAUCGAAGAAAGCUUGCUUCAGGAGCUCGGGUUGUAAUCCAAUCAAGAGCACCUCGCGAUGCUGCUGCCGUCGGCAGCUCAUGGUUGUAGACCCCAUUAUAUAUUUUCAGGUUGUUUAAAUUUCAAAAUCAUGUUAACCUUUUGGCGGGGAAGGUGAAAAUAAUUUUUUUUGUACAUCUGAAAAGUGAAAAGAAAGGAGCAAAUCACUUAUUUGCAAAGGGUUAACUGUGGUCCUGGAGGACCUACGCCUGACUCCUGAGACAUGAGUUGGUUUUUUGCGUCUGGUUGCUCAACUGGUUUUUCCCUUUUAUGAAACUGGAGUUGCAUUGUCCUCCUUUCAUUGUCAUUCUUUUUUUGGUUCCAAAACACUUCCUCUAGGGCUCUCUUCUUCUUGCAGCCACUGUGAUGUAGCCAUUGUUAAUUUUUUGAGGAGUGCCCUUUGGGCGUGUUGGGAAAAUUGAGCAUUUCAUAGGAUUCCCAUAUUGUAAAGUGGUUGACUCAAAUCCAAAAGGUACUUUUGACUCUCAUUUAUCAAAGCAAAAGGUCAAAGCACCUUACUUUGG